UAAACAAAAGACAGCAGCAGCAGCAGCAGCGUGUAAUUAGCAGUCCAAUUAGCGGCGGAGUUUCUUGUCCGGGCUUUCACAUCCAACCAUCACCAAAAGGACGCCCCUUUUUUUCCUAGUCACUUGACUUGCAGCCACCCCACCACGCUUUCGCAUCUCCAUCUUCUUCCUCCUCCGCUGCUCCCUCCACGCCGAUCCAACCCAACCCGGAGGCCGGAGUCCCCAGACUCCCUCCAAUCGCAGCUGCUGCUGCUGUAGGCCUGUAGCAGAGCUUGGCCGUUGGUUCAAGUCAACACCCGGGGUAUUGCCUCGAUUUGCGGCGAAAGCACGCCGUUUUUUUGGUGGUUUCUGGCGCCGAGCGGUUCUUGAUUCCGACGCUGAGGAGGAGGAGGAGGUUUUCUUUCGAUUGGAGGGGAGAAAGUUGCCGCCUUUCUUGCAUUCCACUCUGUUUUCCUUCUCCCUGCACGAACUCGAGCUCGAGCUCGAACUCGGGCUUCUCCAACGCGUAGUCCAGUCUGCUUUUUCUUGUACAGGUUAUUAAGCUUUUCUUUGUAAGCCUUCGGUGGCAUUUUGGUGGUUGCCUGUUUCAAGAACUGCAGUAUCUCGAUUACUGCUUUACCUCUUUACAGAUGGAUGGAUGCGAUUGUAUUGAGCCACUUUGGCAGGCCGAUGAUCUGCUAAUGAAGUACCAGUACAUAUCUGACUUCUUCAUCGCACUUGCAUACUUCUCAAUCCCUUUGGAGCUGAUAUACUUUGUUCAGAAGUCAGCUUUCUUCCCGUACCGAUGGGUGCUCAUACAGUUUGGUGCCUUCAUCGUCCUCUGUGGGGCGACUCACCUGAUAAACAUGUGGACUUUCACUACACAUACCAGGACCAUAGCCGUGGUGUUGACGGUGGCAAAAGUGGCGACAGCAGUUGUGUCAUGCAUAACAGCUCUGAUGCUUGUUCAUAUAAUCCCUGAUUUGCUCAGUGUGAAGUUGAGGGAAAGGUUCCUGAAGGCGAAGGCGGAGGAGCUUGAUAGGGAGAUGGGGAUAAUAAGGACACAAGAGGAGACGGGAAGACAUGUGCAUAUGCUCACACACGAGAUAAGGAGCACGCUUGACAGGCAUACCAUUCUCAGAACUACACUUGUUGAAAUGGGGAGAACUCUUGGUUUAGCAGAGUGUGCCGUGUGGACGCCGUCCCGCUCUGGAACAACCCUUCAGCUCUCACAUGCGCUCAAUAGCAAUGCUCCGCUUGGAUCAGUUGUUCCUAUCAAUCUUCCGAUUAUAGCUACCAUUUUUAAUAGUAAUCGGGCUGAGAGAAUACCACAUACUUCCCCGUUAGCUUCAGUAAAGACUCAGAAGAGCAAGUAUGUCCCACCCGAGGUCGUUGCUGUCCGUGUUCCACUCCUGCAGCUUACAAAUUUCCAAAUAAAUGAUUGGCCUGAGCUGUCUGCGAAAGCCUUUGCAGUGAUGGUUUUGAUGCUUCCUCCAGACAGUGCACGAAAAUGGCGACCCCAUGAACUGGAGCUUGUUGAAGUUGUUGCUGAUCAGGUGGCAGUUGCACUAUCCCAUGCUGCCAUUUUGGAAGAGUCCAUGCGUGCCCGUGAUCUGCUAAUGGAGCAGAAUAUUGCUCUGGACGCAGCACGGCGAGAGGCAGAAAUGGCUAUCUGUGCUCGGAAUGAUUUUCUUGCUGUCAUGAAUCAUGAAAUGCGGACUCCUAUGCGAGCAAUCAUUUCUUUAUCAUCCCUCCUGUUAGAAACAAAACUUACUGCAGAACAGCGCGUGAUGAUUGAAACUAUACUAAAAAGCAGUGAUCUUCUAGAAACUCUUUCAAAUGAUGUUUUAGAUAUCUCCAAGCUUGGGGAUGGCAGUCUUGAGCUGGAAGUUGCACCUUUUAAUCUACAUGCAACCUUUACAGAUGUGGUUGAUUUAAUUAAACCAGUAGCUGCAUUGAAAAGAUUAUCCGUAAUGGUUCAUUUGGCUCCAGAGUUGCCCACCUGUGCAAUUGGUGAUCGAAAGAGGUUGAUGCAGAUAAUACUAAAUGUUGCUGGGAACUCCGUUAAGUUUACAAAGGAGGGUCAUAUUUCAAUUUCAGCAUCUAUUGCUAGGACAGAUUCUCUGAGGGACCCAUAUGCUCCUGAUUUCCAUCCAGUUCUCUCCAAUGGAUCUUUUUACUUGGCUGUGCAGGUAAAAGACACCGGCUGUGGAAUUAGCCCGCAAGAUAUGCCUCACACCUUCACAAAAUUUGCACACCCGCAAAAUGCUAUAAACAAACUGCAUAAUGGCAACGGAUUGGGUCUGGCCCUUUCCAGAAGAUUUGUUACCCUUAUGCAAGGGAACAUCUGGCUCGAAAGCGAAGGUGUAGGGAAGGGCUGUACGGCAACGUUCUUUGUGAAGCUAGGACUAUCUGAUAAACCAAAUGCAAAUCUCCGGAGAAUCAUGCCUCCUGUCCAACCAAAACAAGGAACUGCAGAUCCAGAUGCAUCAUCAAUAAUCAAUGGCGACAUGGCAAUUCUUCCGUAUCGUUACCAGUCGAUGAUAUGACAAGAACCUGGAGGCAACCUCAUCCAACGGGAGGCAGGCCACGAGCCUGAUUUUGUGAUAUCAUUAUUUGAAGUUGCAUUUGUGGGGUUUAGGAUGUUGUGUUAGAGAUUGCUCUCCCCCUUGUUCCAGAGCUGCUGCGCUCUUGCUAAGCUUGCUUCUCUGCAGCUGCGAGUGUGAUCGGGUGAGUCCAAAUUAGUGGCUCCCCUCUAGGGAAUUAACAGGGCAAGGAGAGCGGUGUGGUGUUUUAAGUUGUUAUACAAGUGUGGUGUUUGUUACAGGUGAUUUAGGGGUUCUCUAGUGUAGUAUAUAGUCUUGGUAGAGAGAGGCAGGAAGAAGCUGAUCUGUACAUGAGGCAAACAAGUGAACCACCAUGAUAUGAUAAUGGCUACUUCUAAUUAGAUUA